ACACAAAUAUCGAGAGAGAGAGAGAGAAUCGUAGUGGGGGGAAAAUAAAGCGAAUUAUUACUACUUACUCUCUAUUAGUAAAGGAAACAAGUGUGGUAGCAAAGCCAAGUAGCAUUGGAAGAAGAAGAAGAAGAAGAAAGAGAGCACAUCACAUGGCCUCUUUACCACUGGGUCCUCAGCUCCCCGAAAAUCAUCCGCCGGACCAUGGCGGAGCCACAGCCGCCGGCGCACCACCGGAAUCGGAAAAGGAAAUGUCAGCUGUUGUUGAGGGUAAUGGUGCGGUGACUGGUCACAUAAUCUCCACCACAAUUGGAGGCAAGAAUGGAGAACCAAAAAGGACCAUUAGUUAUAUGGCAGAGCGAGUUGUCGGUACAGGAUCAUUUGGAAUAGUGUUUCAGGCAAAAUGCUUGGAAACUGGAGAGAAUGUAGCCAUCAAGAAGGUUUUGCAGGACAAACGGUAUAAAAAUCGUGAACUACAGCUGAUGCGCUUGAUGGAUCACCCAAAUGUCAUUACUCUAAAGCACUGCUUCUUUUCCACAACAAGUAGAGAUGAGCUUUUUCUUAAUUUGGUCAUGGAUUAUGUCCCUGAAAGUUUAUACAAGGUAUUAAGGCACUAUAGCAAUUCAAAUCAAAGGAUGCCACUCAUAUAUGUCAAACUUUACAUGUAUCAGAUAUUCAGGGGGCUGGCUUACAUUCAUAAUGUUCCAAGGAUUUGCCAUAGAGAUGUGAAACCUCAAAAUCUUUUGGUUGAUCCUCUGACCCAUCAAGUCAAGCUGUGUGACUUUGGAAGUGCAAAAGUCCUGGUGAAUGGUGAAGCAAAUAUUUCAUACAUUUGCUCUCGCUACUAUAGAGCCCCAGAACUCAUAUUUGGUGCCACAGAAUAUACAACAUCAAUUGAUAUUUGGUCAGCAGGCUGUGUCCUUGCUGAGCUUCUUCUGGGGCAGCCACUCUUUCCUGGCGAAAAUGCAGUAGACCAACUUGUAGAGAUAAUCAAGGUCCUUGGUACUCCUACUCGGGAAGAAAUUCGAUGUAUGAACCCAAACUACACGGAUUUCAGAUUCCCACAGAUAAAAGCUCAUCCUUGGCACAAGGUAUUCCAUAAAAGAAUGCCUCCUGAAGCAAUUGAUCUUGCCUCACGGCUUCUCCAAUAUUCACCAAGUCUUCGCUGCACUGCGCUAGAGGCAUGUGCACAUCAAUUCUUUGAUGAACUUCGUGAGCCCAAUGCCCGUCUCCCAAAUGGACGUCCAUUUCCACCUCUUUUCAACUUUAAACAAGAGUUAACUGGAGCUUCACCUGAUUUGGUCAACAAGCUGAUCCCUGAGCAUGUGUGGAGGCAAAUUGGUUUGAAUUUUCCCUUGCCCGCUGCAACGUAAUUGUACUAAUGUAAUAUAGAGUUGGUGUAUCAGAAAAUAUAGGGAGUCCUUGUGGAUUAAUGUAACCAUGCAUUUUGGCGUAACCAGCGGCUAUAUACGCACGUAAAAGUUGUAUGCGUAUAGUCGCUGUUUGGCUUACAAGGAAGUGAUCCUGCCUACUUAUGUCAUCUUAGCUAAUAGUAGCAACCUGUUGCCUCUUCUGUACAUUGUUUUUGAUAAGAAGAUUUUAGAUAGGAGUAUAAAAUGAUAAAUAUUGUAAUGUCUAGUUAAGCAGAUUUCCCUGAGAGACCUACUGGUGCACUAGGACUUGUAGCUUUUGGUUGUAGUUGUAUUUAUAUGCAGUUGUUUCUAGCUCUGUUUUUUUGUUUCUUGAAUGUAAGGCAUAUAUGCUAUUCCUCUGCGACCUUUGGUUUGUUUUUUGCCUUUGAAGUAUAUUUGAUUGUUUCUCUUA